AUGCGCCUUGAGGAAGAGGACUCCAGCGCGAAAAGAGGGUUGGACUGGAUGGCCCCUGGAGUGUCUUCCAACUCUAGUUGGCGCCGGGGGGUUCGGAGCUACCCACAUUUGCAGGGUGACGUGCGCUGGAGACGGCUGUACUCCGCCAACCACUUCUUCCUGCGCAUCGACGGUGAUGGAAAAGUGGAUGGCACCCGACAGAAGGAGAAUCCCAACAAUAUCAUGGAAAUCCGCUCUGUGAACGUCGGCACCGUGGCCGUCCGCGCCAUCCACAGUGGCUACUACCUGGCCAUGGAUGGCAACGGGAGGAUCUACGGAACGAAGGCCUAUGGCCCCGACUGCAAGUUCCAGGAGCGCAUCGAGGAGAACGGCUACAAUACCUAUGCCUCCCUGCUCUGGCGCCACCGCGGCCGGCCUAUGUUUCUCUCCCUCAACGCCCGGGGCUCCCCUCGCUGGGGGACCAAGACUCGGAGGCAGCAGCCCUCGGCCCACUUCUUGCCCCUUCUUGUCUUCUGAGAGGAAGAACAUACUAAGAAUGAGAGCUGGCCAUCUGUCGGGACGGCUUCGAUUGU